AUGUUGCUCACAUCAUCCUUCACGUUCGCCGUCCUCCUGUGUCUAAGGUCAUGUACAGCAACUCCGUAUCUAGGAACAAGACAGACGGAUAACACAGAAUAUCACUGGGUGGAUGCCUGGACAUCAAUGCCGCAGCUAGUUGAGCCAGACAAUCUCCCACCAGCACCAUUCCGCACCAACACCGCCAUCCUCACCAACACCACCCUCCGACAAACCCUCCACCUAACACUCACCUCUGGCCUGAUCCGCAUCCAAAUCUCCAACCUCUUCGGCCGCACCCCCCUCCCCCUAACAACCAGCUCUCUCGCCCUCCCAAAAAGCGGAAAAGCCGGCGCGAAAGACAUCCUCUCUUCCCCCAUCGCAGGAUUAACAUUCAACGGCUCCUCAUCAGUAACAAUCCCGGCGGGAAGAACCGUGUAUUCAGAUCCAGUUGACUUUGCGGUUAAGGCGCAGAGUGAACUGACAAUGACUUUGUAUUUGGCCAAGGGCCAGGAGGGGAGUAGUGUUACGGGGCAUCCGGGGAGUAGGACGACGAGUUGGAUGGGGGUGGGGGAGGGGGUUAAUGCCACGGGUGUUGGUGGGGGGAGUACGAAGCAUUGGUAA